AUGACCCAAGACUCCCAUUCUCGGUUCAAUAUCACACAAGUCCAAGCGUAUUCAUUGGACAACCGAAGGCUUUCGUUGAGCAACAACAGCUGCCAGCGGCGAAAACGCACGUUCACCUUUGAAAACGAAACGCAAACCCAUCUCAGGUGUUUUGUGCACCAGCACCUCCGCUACAUCUGGAGUCAACAGGAGGCAAGGUUCACAAGAUUGAGUGGGCUCGACCGGGGCUGGAAGUGCGUAGACCUCAUCGACAGUUUCCAAGGUUAUUCCAAGGAAGAGCAACAAGAACAAUCGUUGUUGUACGGAAGAAACUCCAUGGAGCUAGCAAGUAAAGUCUGUCACUACGCUCCUCUUAGAAAAGGUCUUGCACCCUUUUUACGUCUUCCAAAUAGCCAGUAUCACAGUGUGGAUACUGGACCUCUACUACUUCUAUGCGGGCUGCAUCAUUACUUUCUCGGCAACAUCAAUCACACUUGCACUGCUUGAAGCCAAAAAGCAAAUGCAGCACUUGCUGUCUCUGGUCUCCCGCACGAACGAGGGAACUGCAAUUGUGGUCCGCGCUAA